AUGAUCUACCCUAAUAGAUCCACCUCACUGAUCUUCCUAAAUAUUAUAUUUUUCAUUUGGACUGAUUCGAUAGUUCAUAGUGUCGCACCAUGUUCUGCAAUGGGCAAUUCUACAGCAACUGUAGCGGUGGAGCCCACCGGUCGAGUAACAAAAAAUCUGUCCACGGACAAUUUAGAGACGAAAAAGAGUCAUGCAUCCUGUGAUUCUCAAGCUAAACUAUUAAGGGAAGGAAAACACUACAUGUGUCGGAAUUUGCAGAAUUCUCUAAUUGAAUAUGCAAGAAGUACUAAGAAAAUGAUACGGAACAUGAUGGAUGAUCACCAGUCUUCUCUAGAUUAUCUCUCCGAUCAGAUUAAUGAACUUAUGAGCCGAGUUAUGCAAUUAAAUACAGACAUGUCCAGAAAACCGAUUGAUGUAUUUCCCCAUCGAGCAGUCCAGUCUCAUGGUUUAGAUUGCAGUGAUAUUAAAGAUACCAUUGGCUCAGUUACAAAAACUCCAACCGGUUUAUAUAUAAUCCAUCCAGAAGGAGCAAGUUAUCCCUUUGAGGCUUUGUGUGAAAUGGAUUUUAGAGGAGGGGGAUGGACAGUGAUUCAGAAGAGAACUGAAGGAACAGUUGAGUUUCAAAGGACAUGGUCGGAAUAUUUGGAUGGAUUUGGUGACCUUUCAGGGGAAUUUUGGCUUGGCCUCCGAAAGAUUUUCCACACAGCAAACCAGAAAACAACCAGUUUCAUGCUUUAUAUAGACUUGGAGUCUGAAGAUGACAUGUAUGGGUACGCAUCGUAUGACAGCUUUUGGCUAGAGGAUGAAAUGUGCUCCUUUAAAAUACAUCUAGGACGUUAUUCUGGAAAUGCUGGUGAUGCAUUUCGAGGAUAUAGAAAAGAAGAUAACCAGGAUACAUCUCCUUUCAGUACCUUUGAUGUGGAUAACGAUGGUUGCAAUCCAGCCUGCUCUCUCCAAGAACCACCUGUCAAGAGCUGCAGUAACUUUAGUGAGAAAACAGGCUGGUGGUUUAACCAAUGCGGUCUUGCAAAUCUUAAUGGUGUCCACCGGUUCACAAGGAAGUUGCUGGUAUCGGGUAUCCAGUGGGACACCUGGAAGAUCGAUAACAAGCCAGUUAAAAUUAAAUCCGUGUCAAUGAAGAUCAGAAGAACAUACUUCAGAUAACAGGAAAAUAUCAUUACAAUCCAGAAAUUAGGCUGUCUAAUAGCUCUUCUUGGUCUAAUAUGCGUUAACAUUUUAGUAUAGCAAUUUAUUGAAAGGUUGGAGGCACUAUGCACAUUGCAUUAUUUUGCAAUUACAUCCUUCAGGACAAUGUAAUUACAUUUCCACCAUAAAUGCAUUUGUGAUAUUUUGCUGCCCUGCUGAAUGCGUCCAUGACUUACUGUAUUAACAUGCCAUUACUGGAUUGGAAAGCUAUAAGCACGAUAAUUCUAAUUCCAUUCCUUUGCUACUGCUGAUAAUCUCUUCUUUUCCUUUAGCAGAAUUGGAGACCUGCAAAUUUAAAAUACCAGCGUUAAUUUAAGAGAAGGGCUAUGCAAGGAUUAUAAUUGCACAAGCGAUUGUAGUAAAUCAGUGAAGGUAGUAAACAAUAUGGAUAUGCUUUUUAGUUUUUAGUGAAUGAUGAAAACAAGCGAAUAAUCCUCAGUGUGGUUAAAUAUCUGGCUGUGCAAAAAUAACACUCAGACUGUGGUUAAUUUUUUUUUUUUUGAGAAAAGAGAAGGUAGUCCUCCUUUAGUAACCGUUCAUAGUUAUGACAGUGAUGAACAAAUAAUUUUGGGACUGACCCUUGCAUUUAUGGCCUUUGCAGGUCUGUAAAGCAAAGGAAAGUUGAAGUAAGAUCAUAAGCAAAGUUGUGGGUUCACUUAGUGACCACUUUGCUUAACAAGCAAAUUGCUGGUCCCAGCUGGGGUCAUUAAAUGAAAACUACUGGGAAAAGGCCUUCUAUCUGAUUUGAGGCUGCUUAUUUGAAAAAAUAUAUAGCUUCUUUGCAGUGCAGGUAGCCCUCGAUUAAUGCUCUGUUUACCUCGUUAAUAUCUGGAAUGUGUUCUGUUUUCUUUAACAAAUGUUUUCUUACAGCCUUUUAAAAUAAACAC